AUGUGUUUUUUGGGGAAGCUCCUGCUCGCCAGCUACCAGUAUGCUGGGUCGUGCGGGGACGAGGCGCGGGGCCGCCGCCCGUGCUGUUCGGCAGCGCAGCGGUGCUCGAUGAGGGCGCUGAGCGAGGCGGCGCCGCAUUUACUCGGCUCGGGCAUGGCCAGGGCGCAGCUGCCGCUGCUCAGAGACAUCUCGGUGAGAGCCUCGAGCGCCUACGACAUCGACAGCGGCGCCCAUGCGCUCCUGCUUCGGCUGGAUGAGCUCCGCCCUGGGCUGCCUCGGGUCUCCGCUCAGGGCUGCCUCGGGCGGAGGUCGCUGGACGCCCGAAGCCCAGAGACCAUUUUAGGAGGCGGGGGGUCGGCUGGAUGA